AUGGAGUCUCAAGUAUCACCUCUUAAAGCAUCAGAAAUAAAAGUAAUCCAUGUUCAAGUGAACGAUGACAUUCCCAUUCGAAUAGUACUUCCGAUACACCAAAGACUAAUUGAAAUACGUGAAAAGCUUUCCACGAAUCCGGAAAUCCGAAUAGGCAACAACACGUCAUUCACAAACUUAAAAGAAAGGAAUUCGUUUACAAAAAUUCAACAAGAGGACGAAGAUAAAUAUUGUUUGUCGGAUGUCUUGGGAAAUAACGAAAAAUUAAAAAUUAUCGGCGAAAUUGAACCAGAUUGGGCAAUGAUUGAAAAAAAUUGUCGUAUUUCGUAUGGAAUUCAUUUUACUGAAUCAGGACCAUUACCCGCACCUGAAAAAGCAUUUGAAAUUACAGAGUUUCCGGAAUCAAUUCUAGCAUGUCCGGAUACGAUUGAUAAGAUGGUAUUUUGUAAGACUGAAAAUGAUCAUUUUUUUGUAAAAAAUUCCAUUUCUAAUUUAAAAUCUAAUGCAAAACUGCCAUGGUCGCUUAUUUCAGCUACAUUCGAUGGCACACGAAAAACGCAAUUUGGAAACCGCGUUAACAAUAGCGAAGCAACUACUUACUACAUAUCCAAAAGGAUCAAAGCAAGAAUUUCAAUAAAUCAGUCGAAAAUCAAAGCUACUCAAAAAUUUUUAGAUGCAAUUGACGAAGCACUCGAGUCUCCUGAUCAACGAGAAGCUCUUAAAGAAGUGAUCGAUACCUUUGGACAAUUUUGGUGCAAAAGAAUUGGAAUAGGAGGGAGUAUUAUUUAUGUUCAAAAAAGUGAAACGAAUUUAAAUGAAAAUGUAAGGGCUUGUGGACAGAGUAUCGAAGUGACAUCAGAAUUUAAAAAUUCUAUUGGGCUCGGAGGAAAAGUUAUAAAAGAUCAAAAAUCAAAUCGAAUGAAUACAUUAAACAGUGCAUACUCUUAUUUUAACAUUCGCGGUGGUUUAGAAGAAUACUAUCAUGAACGAGGAAUGUGUGGAUGGAUAAGAUCCUUAACAGACUAUAAAACAUGGAAAGUAGCCGAAUAUUCAGAUGUUCAUUCGAUAUUUGACAUCCUUGAUGAUGAGAGAAAAGAAAAAAUUGCAACUGCGCUCAAAAAACGAAUUACCCAUUCCGAUGUUGAAAAAGUGGACUUCAUUAUGGAUAUAUCAACGAGAAAACCACACAUCUAUGAAUUUCCUAAAGAAGUUAAUAUAUCUAAUACUGAUCAAAUAUUCGUAACAGAGAUGACAGAUCAAGAAACAGAAUCAGGGUUUGCUCUUCGAGUUCACUAUAUUAACGAAAACAGACCACCAGUGAUUCUUAUACAUCGACUCGGGAAACUUAAAAGCCGAAAAAAAUAUGUAGAUUUUUCGGUAAAGCUUGGUUGGAUCAUUGUUGGAACUUCACUAAUUUUGAAUUUAUUAGAAAAGAAUUCAGCUCAGCCCGCUUUUGAAAGUGAUGAAGCUUCAAUUAUUGUGAAUAAUAACCAGUUAUCAGCGUCUGUCUUAUCGCAAGAUUUGAAUCAAACAAAUACAAGCCUUUUGGCGACUUGUGUUACGAGAUCAAAAAGUUCACAAGAUAAUCCAUCGAAAUCAGAAUACAUUAUGGGAACUUAUUUUUAUAAUAAAAAUGGUACCGUCGGAGCUCGUGCUUUUUGCUAUGAUCGUGAUAUGAAACCAUGUCAUCAAAUUGAAAAUACAAAUCUUUCAAUUAAUCAUAGCUUGAUCUCUGGACAAUCAAAGCUUCUAUUUGGUCACGCUUCAAUAUGCAAAAAACGCCUGAACGAUCGAAAGAUUUUUUCCAAAAGAUAUAAAAUCUAUUUCACAAAGUAUCCGCAACUAAUUUCUUUAGAAGCAAGCUCAUCCAAUCUUGAGAUUAUUUCAUCAUCUUCGAAUACGCAAUCAACACAAUCAAGUAUAAAUAAUCCUAUUUUCGUUAGUUUGGUCUUGGAUGAAUGUUCUACGAAAUGCAUUCAUGGUUUCUUUACUAUAACCCCAAACUACGCAAUGUUUUGGUCUCUUAAUAACUCAAUCACUAAACGCGAGCAAGUUACAUAUUUUCGCGCACCAUCAAAAGAUGAUAGCGAGUAUAAAGUGUAA